CUUCCAGAUCUACACACCAAGUCCUGCUAGGGUAGCGAGAUUUGCGCUCAGACGGCCUACGCUGUUUCCAUUGAGGAUCAUCCGGACAAACCAACGUCGACACUUUUCUGUCUCGUGGACGCAAGCCAUGUUGUCUACGGAGUUGACCGAGGCUCAAGUCUCAGCUCUUAGAGCCAAUAAAGAUCGCCUUGCCAAGGACCUUCACCACAGCUGUCAAUGGGGCUCAGGCAUUCGAUGGGGAGAUGGCCCCACGGAUACAGGAAUGCAGCGCCUGGCAUUGUCGCAAGAGGACAAGCAAGUGAGGGAUUGGUUCAUUGAAACAACAAAAGCCCUCAAAUGUCAAGUCACCAUCGACGAGAUGGGUAAUAUCUUUGCAGUUCGUCCUGGGCGCAGGACAGAUGUGCCCCCUGUCUUUAUCGGCAGUCAUCUGGAUACGCAACCGACGGGCGGCCGUUACGAUGGAAUUUUGGGUGUCCUCUCCGGCAUCGAAGCGUUGAAGUCCAUGGACGACAUGGGUCUCGAGACAGAGGGUGGUGUAGGCGUGGUCAACUGGACGAAUGAAGAAGGCGCGCGGUUCCCUAUCAGCAUGAUCUCCUCUGGAGUAUGGGCUGAAUGCAUCCCCCUGUCGCAAGCCCACGAGUUAAAGGAAGUCCCAACGGUUGCAUCUCUACCCACGGCGUCGUCAGCCCCGGAGACCAUGAAAUCGGCACUCGAGAAGGUUGAUUAUCUUGGAAGUGUCCCAUGUUCAUGGCGGCAGACUCCAAUGGCUGCUCACUUCGAGCUUCAUAUCGAACAAGGACCCCAUCUCGAGACUGCAGGCCAGCACGUCGGUGUCGUCACAGCCGUCCAAGCAUACCGCUGGUUCCGCCUCACCAUUGUCGGCAGAGAUACCCAUACGGGUACUACCGCUUUUGAGCAUCGUGCAGAUGCUUUGUAUGCUUUCGCCCAGAUGAUGGUGCGUGCACGCGAGGUUGCUUCCUCUCAUGGGUGCCUGGCCAGCGUUGGCAUCGUGGAGGCCAAGCCCGGCAGCGUGAACACCGUCCCUGGUGUCGUCAGCUUUACUUUGGAUAUCCGCGGCCCAGAGGAUGAAUUGGUCAAUGUUGUGGAAAAGCAAUUGAGGCAGGACUUCGAUGCUAUCGCAGCGGAAGAAGGUAAGCCCAUUGGGAAGCCUUGUCGCGUGGAAUGGACUCUGGACUUCGAUUCACCUGUGGUGAAGUUCCACCCGGACUGCAUCGACUGCGUUCAGCAAUCUGCAGAGGCAGUCGUUGCGGAUUUUAACUCAACAGACCCCAAGUCUCUGACGAGAACGAUCAUGAGUGGUGCCGGCCACGACAGUGUCUUUACCUCGAAGAGGGUCCCGACUAGCAUGAUCUUCGUGCCAUGCAAAGACGGGUUGAGCCAUCAUCCGGAAGAAUUCUGCUCUGCAGAUGAUUGUGCAACCGGCGCAUCAGUCAUCUUGCAGGCCGUUAUCCGCUACGACCGUAAGAGAUUCUCCAGCUAGUUCAAGAGACACAACCUAGAUCUAUUAUACGCGUUAGCCCAAACAAACGGGUAUGACCCAUCGUCAUGACCUUAUUAACAAGUAUUUUACGAGAG